GGAGCCCCUACCACCGCUGGCCUUCUUUUUAUGUUGUCUACAGGGAGAAAGAGGGCGAGGGACAACUUGGUGCUGGGGCACUGACCUCUGGCCUGGAGGGCCUCUGGGCAGAGACGACAGAAGUGGAGUGGCUGGGGCUGGGGGACUCCAUGCUGGGGCCAUGGACAGAGCGGCGCUCCUGGGACUGUCCCGCCUGUGCGCGCUGUGGGCAGCCCUGCUCGCGCUGUUCCCCUGCGGAGCCCAAGGAAAUUGGAUGUGGUUGGGCAUCGCCUCCUUUGGGGUUCCGGAGAAGCUGGGCUGCGCCAACUUGCCGCUGAACAGCCGCCAGAAGGAGCUGUGCAAGAGGAAGCCGUACCUGCUGCCGAGCAUCGGAGAGGGCGCGCGGCUGGGCAUUCAGGAGUGCAGGAGCCAGUUCAGACACGAGAGAUGGAACUGCCUGGUCACCGCCGCCGCCCAGCCGGGCACCAGCCCCCUCUUUGGCUACGAGCUGAGCAGCGGCACCAAGGAAACAGCCUUUAUUUAUGCUGUGAUGGCUGCAGGCCUGGUGCAUUCUGUGACCAGGUCAUGCAGCGCAGGCAACAUGACCGAGUGCUCCUGUGACACCACCUUGCAGAAUGGCGGCUCAGCUAGUGAAGGCUGGCACUGGGGGGGCUGCUCCGACGAUGUCCAGUAUGGCAUGUGGUUCAGCAGAAAGUUCCUAGAUUCCCCCAUCAGAAACACCACGGGAAAAGAAAACAAAGUACUGUUAGCAAUGCACCUACACAACAAUGAAGCCGGAAGGCAGGCCGUCGCCAAGUUGAUGUCAGUAGACUGCCGCUGCCACGGAGUGUCGGGCUCUUGUGCUGUGAAAACGUGCUGGAAAACUAUGUCUUCUUUUGAAAAGAUUGGCCAUUUGUUGAAGGAUAAAUAUGAAAACAGUGUUCAAAUCUCAGACAAAAUAAAGAGGAAAAUGCGCAGGAGAGAAAAAGAUCAGAGGAAAAUACCCAUCCGCAAAGAUGAUCUGCUCUACAUUAAUAAGUCUCCCAAUUACUGUGUCGAGGAUAAGAAACUAGGGAUCCCAGGAACACAGGGCCGCGAGUGCAACCGCACGUCAGAGGGCGCGGACGGCUGCAGCCUCCUGUGUUGUGGCCGGGGCUACAACACGCACGUGGUCAGGCACGUGGAGAGGUGCGAGUGCAAGUUCAUCUGGUGUUGCUACGUGCGCUGCAGGAGGUGUGAAAGCAUGACUGACGUCCACACUUGCAAGUAGCCCCUCCCUCCAGCCCUGGGAGACACUCCUCAGUGACAAACAAGGGAGUGUCAUCCAGAGGGUGCCCCUGCCCCGGAAGUCCCAGGCCCUUGGGCCUCUGGCAGAGCUCCCUUUACCCGAUUGAUGUCCAAUCACACACUGAGCAUGUGGAUGUUGGGGGAUGCCAAAGCUGACAAGGUUUGGGUUCAUCUUUUGGUGGUCUGAAAAUACAUAUUGACCUACCAGGGAGAUAAUCUGUCUCCUGAACAAGAAAGAACAGGAAGGAGCCUUCAUGCGGGGAGACCUUGGCCAUGCUCAGGAUAAGAUCCUUGACUAUGGAACUCAAUAGUGGUGGUUUUAAUAUUAGACCUUUUUAAAAAACGCAUCUUACAGCAGCAAGGAACAGUAAACACAAUCUCAUUUAUUUUCUCAGUAUUUUAGAUGAAGAAAUCAUACCGUGCAUAGAAACAGAAGGUGAAAAGUUAACAGGAGCGGAAGGUGCUUACUUACCCUCUCAUGCAUUUCAAAAGGAGGGCAAUUAAAAAAAGUUUUCAUAACUGAUACAGUAUCCCUAAAAUGUGUUUGCUAGAGAUGUUUAGAGACAAAAGGGAAGGAUCUAAACAGAACAUAAAAUGUAUGAUUUGGAUUUUAAGUGCCUUUUAACUAGGAGAGUUUAUCUAGAAAAAUCUCAGUGAGAUAUACAGCAUUCUUUUAUCUUUGGCUUUAUUCUUUAAUAGUAGAAGUUUCUACUUUAAAAUCUCAGCUCUGAAAGAGAAGGAUCUUGAAAGCAUGUGGGAAAAUUAAAAGUAAAAACAUAAAGUGCUUUCAUACAUUGUAAGGGAAAUCAACCUUUAAAUGAGUAAGACAGUAUUUUGUACAGUAUUUUGCUAAAAAUGUUAUAUAUUUUGUAAAUACAGUAUUUAAGUUAUAUGAUGAUAUGUAUUAAAACUUAAGACAUUUAUUGCCAAAGUGCAAGAGCUAAGGCAAUAAAAUUAUCUCAGAAAUAAGAUUAGCUUCUGUUUCUUUUCAGACUAUUAACUCUGACUUUUUUUAAACAUUGAAAAAGAAGUUAAUUGAGCAGUUAGUUAU